AUGACCACCCAAGACUCAGUUUCGCCCCUCAACCUCCCUACCACCACCUCGUGGGAGCUUUUGGCUGCGGCCCUUCUCUUGUCUGCCACCUACGCCACCUAUGUCGUCCUUACAUCCCAGCGCCCUUACCCGAACAUCCCACUGGUCGGUGGCGAGGGCGGUGUGUCAGCGAGCAAGACACGCUUCGCUCGUGAUGCAAAGGGGGUGUUACAGAGUGCUUGGGAGCAGAGCAAGGAUAGGAUCUGCCAAAUUUUCACAGAUUCCGGACCGAGGAUACUGCUCCCACCAAGCUUUGUGGAUGAGAUUCGAAAUGAGGCGCAUUUGAGUUUUACGGAGUUUGUGAGACGGGAGUUCAUGGGUGACUACAAGACGUUUGGAAGCACCGAUUCCCUUUUCAAAGACAGCGUCUUCCAGGAAACGGUCAGGAUCAAGUUGACGCAAGCGCUGCCAAGACUUACUGUGGGUCUUUCCAACGAAGCCAAGUUGGCUGUCAACGAGCUAUUCCCGGCCACUGAUGAAUGGACUACAAUGAAAGAUCCCCUCUAUGCCACGGUUGUCCGCCUUGUGUCUCGGCUCUCCGCAUUCGCAUUCCUCGGCUCGCCUCUAUGCCGCAACGAGACAUGGCAGCGUAUCUCGGCACAGUAUACAGUCGACGUGAUGAGCGCCGUCGUCGCCUUCCGCCGCUGGCCGCGAGUCAUCCGUCCGCUGGUCUACGUCUUCCACCCCAUCUUGGUUCCGGAAAUCGGACGGCUGCAGAGGUGUCAGAAGGAGGCGUACAGUAUCAUUGAGCCAGAACUGAGGAGGCGGCGGAUGGAGCGAAAGAAGGCAGAGGAGCUGGGUGGAAAGAAAGAGAAGCCGCUGGAUUCUUUGCAGUGGCUUGACGAAACGGCAGCGGCGAAAAAGAGCAAUGUGGACACGGUCAUGGGGCAGCUGGGUCUGACGGUCGCGGCCAUACACACGACCAGCGCUGCUCUGACUAACGUCAUGUUUGACAUCGUUGCCGUGCCAGGCCUUGCGGAUGAGCUCCGGGAAGAAAUUGUCAGAGUGAUGGGAGACGGGGGAGGGGAGGCCGGAACGCCGUGGCAGAAGACGACACUGUACAAGCUGCGGCUCAUGGAUUCUGUCAUGAAGGAGAGUCAACGCUUCAAUCCGCCAAGCGUUAUCUCGAUGAAGCGAAUUGCGCUGGCCCCUCACACUCUAUCAGACGGAACGUACGUGCCACGCGGUGCGUCGAUCGGAGUUCCGGUUCUGGGGAUGAUGGAUCCAGCGCGCUACCAGGAUCCUGAAACGUUCGAUCCCUAUCGGUUUGUCAAGCUGAGACAGCAGCCUGGGCAAGAGAAUGGGUGGCAGUAUGUCACCACUAGCCGAGACAUGUUUGCAUUUGGACACGGAGCCCAUGCAUGCCCUGGGCGAUUCUUCGCCAGCAAUGAAAUCAAGAUUGCGUUGGUACAUCUUCUGAUGGGGUGGGACUGGGCAUUUGAGGAAGAAGGCGCGGGAAGGCCGAAGACAAAGAUGCGGGCUGAUCAAAUGCUGCCGGAUGGUGGAGUCAGGCUCGUUUGCCGAAGGAGGGAAUCUGAGGUAGCGCUGUAG